ACAGUGUGUGUGCAUUUUGGGGUUAUGGCUGAUUCUGACAUUUUUGAUGGGGAGGAUAGCGAUCUUGCAGCUCGUCCAUACGAAUUUGGUUUGGGGAGAGGGUUACUUUACAAAUCAUUAGAAUCAAGAGCACCAGGGCGUGGAUCUACAAUUUUGAACACCCCACAAUUAGCUUCGACUCGUUUUUCAGACCAACAUAUGCCGGGUCAGGCUGGGCAGGUUACACCAGAUUUGGGUUCGCUUAUUACCCAGCUAGCUGAAAAACUGGGUGACUCUAUUAGAGCUCAACUCUCACCUGGUGAGCAUGCACAAGGUGCGGGGGCUUCUGACCUGACGUAUCAGGUGUCUUCUCCCAAUGUUAGUCUUGUUAUGCACUCUGAUGCUAAGGAGCCCCCAAUAUUUCGAGGUGAUGGCUCAGAUAAGUUCACAGUACAUGAAUGGGAGAGUCUCAUGUCUAUGUACUUAAAAAGGAGAGCUGUUCCUGUCCAUGAACAAUCCCAAGAGAUUAUGGCGAGGCUGAUGGGCAAAGCAGGUGAUGUUGUGAGAAUUACACUCCGCAACAACAAAUCUAUCAAUCAUGUCACAUGUCCUAACUUAGUCUUUGACAUCUUGAAACAGCACUUUAGUGAACUCACUUACUCCAACAUGCCUCUAGCUGAUUUCUAUAAUACGCUGCCAAUGCCUAGGGAGGAUGCAAUGGAAUACUGGAUAAGAUUAAAUAGAAUGAUGGAUGUGGCAGAUGAAUGCUUAAAGAGGCAGGGUCGAGGGAUUGAUGACCCACAGCAUGAAGUGAGCAUGAUGUUUAUUAAACAUUGUCCUGACAGAGCUCUUGCGAGUGUCUUCAAGUUUAAGUCUGCAGAGAAGUGGACAGCAAGCGAGAUUCAGGAAAGGUUAGAUGAACACAUGAUGGAAAGGAAAUCUCAGAGUACUAUGCACACUCAGCAGCCCAAAGAAAUUCCGAGAGUGGUUAAAGGUUAUUCUCAUUGUCAUGCACAUAAGACUGACAGUCCUUCUGUUUCAGAAACUUCAGGACGGACUGCUCAGUGUGGGAUACCUACACCAGCUACACCACUGACUACUGGGGUAGAUAAUGACUGUUUGCGGAGCUUGGUGAGCUUAUUGGACAGAAAGCGCUCUGUAACGACGUCAGCGGUGCUUCAUGCUCAGUUGGCGCUAGGCUGCCUAAGAGGAGGUAGGAAACUUUUACUGCUUGUAGUUUUAUAAAAAUGUUCUAUGAAAACAUGUAAAUGUAAUUACAUGCAGUUGUUAAACGUUGCCUUUACUGAAAAACACUCAGAUGACAUAUUUGUUUCUCAAUAUGUGUCUGUAUUUAUUGGUCAGAGCAAGUAUUUUCCUGCUACAGCUACGGGGUUUCCCCAUGUGCUCUUCUCAAACAGGGGAUGCUGACCUGUGUAUGUGUUGAAGCUGCAUGUUACUGAGCGUUUUGUUUCUGUCUGUGCAGGUAUGUACAUCUAGUUCUUAGCAUCAUUGUUUAAGCUGGUUGCAUUAAUAAUAUAUGUUGGAUUUAAUUAAUUAUUAUAACAGAUUUAUUGUUUUCUGUAAGAAUUGUUACUUUUUUCCAUGUUUAAUGUUUUAUUAUUUUUCUUGGUAGUAAAAAAUUUUUUUUGAUUGAAUUGUUUUGCAUUGCUCCGUUGAGUUGGCGCUAGGCUGCCUAAGAGGAGGGGAUGCUGACCUGUGUAUGUGUUGAAGCUGCAUGUUACUGAGCGUUUUGUUUCUGUCUGUGCAGAAUCCGGCUGGAUAACUGUAUUAAAGAGCAACUGGCUAUA